AUGGUAUCUUCGUCGAUUUCACAGAUGACUCCGGGAGAACCAAUCGAUAUACAUUUCGGUGGGUGCCUCUCAUGCAAGAUUAUCUCGUCACCAGGCUUUUUGGCUGGCCCUCUAGGUGAUUUGCCAGCAAACCGGAUUACUAAGAUCUUCCAGUAUCCUGUGCAGGUCUCUGCUAUGGUCAAAGACCACCUUGAAGUAUUUCGGGAGGUCUUCGGUUGCGCACUGCCAUGGGUCUUGUGCGAUGGGUGUCUAAAUUUUGAGUCUCACGAUCAUAAAUGCUGCAGAGGCGCUCUCAGCCCUAUCAAUGUAGGAUCACAUCUAAAAAGAGCAGCCCAAACGGCCUCGCUGCCUCCAUGCACCCAAGGACCUCCCGACUUCUCUCAGCCUUGCCAUAUUGGUUGGGCAGAUGCAAGCGUCUAUGAUGGUCCAGCAAUGUACAACCCUCCGCGGAAUGGAAGGGAGCAUGUUGACUCCGGGUAUAAAUAUGUUCCUCUCCACCUCAAUCUUAGAAGUCGAAAGCCAGAAUCCAAGUUUCCCCCGAACCGCGUAUCAGGAUGGCUUGUGUCGUCCGGUCGUUCCUUGUGGCCCACGACCACGACCUCGACCACAAAUCUGUGUUGGAGCGGGCAAAUGACAUGGCACGAUCACCACUGCAAGGCUGAUUGGCAGGCUUCAAACUGCAAAGGCGCGUAG